AUGGCGCCGUUCAUUCCCUCGUCUCACACGGCCAUCAUACAACAUGAUGAUGCUGGGGGAGUCAAAAUCACUCCAGGUCUUCCGCUGCCUGUUCUUGAACCAGGCCAAGUCCUCGUCAAAACCGCGGCCGUAGCCCUGAAUCCGUGCGACUUCAAAAUGCCCCAACGCUUUUCGCAGGCUGGCACAUAUAACGGGUGCGACUAUGCCGGAACCGUGGUCCAGCUUACAGAGGAGGUUGAGAAGAACGGCCUCCUCAAGGUGGGCGACCGCAUCUUUGCAGCCUGCGUGGGGAACAACCCCCACGACAAAGAUUCGGGGUCGUUUGCUGAAUACCUCAAGGGCACAGCCAAGUUCUGUUGGAAGAUACCGGACUGGAUGUCGUUUGAAGAGGCAGCCGGCCUGAGUGGUACAUGUAUCGCCACAGCAUGCAUGUCGCUGUUUCAAUCGCUCAAACUUCCUGGUACUUUUGAGGAACCCGCAACGAAGCCUCUGGACGUCCUCAUCUGGGGUGGGGCUAGCUCGGUUGGAACAACCAUGAUCCAGAUGGUAAAACUUCUGGGACACCGGGCUAUCACCACCUGCUCGCCCAAAAACUUCGAACUCGUCAAAUCCUACGGGGCUGAUGCCGUUUUUGACUAUCGUUCCCCGACCUGUGCAGCCGACAUCAAGAAGCUGACCCGAAACAGCCUGAAAUACGUCGUUGACCCAUUUUCAGACUUGAGAACAAUGGCUCUGGCCGACGAGGCGAUGGGUCGUAGCGGUGGCAAAUAUGUGGCGUUGGAGUCGUACCAAGAUACUCAUGACAAAAAGAGCAAACUGAUCGAGAGGGAACUUAUCAUGGGGCAGAUGAUUCUGGGAAGGGCCAUCAAACUACCUGGAGACUAUGGCAAGCCCGAAAACCCCGAAAUGGGACGUUGGGGCGUUGAGUGUUACAAGAGCGUACAGAGACUUGUAGAUGACCGCAAGUUGCGACCGCAUCCGCUUCGGAUCCUGGAUGGGGGACUCGAAGCAAUACUAGAUGGGCUGGAGAUGUUGAAAAGGAGGGAGGUGGCGGCAGAAAAGAUUGUUGUGCGGCUGUAG